AUGCUCAAAGUUCAACGAUUCCGACGAAUUCUCAAAGAUCGUGUCGUCAACGAAACAGCUCCUAUUUCAAAGAUUUUCGAUGAAGAAACGACUAAAGCACAAUUAACACCUGCGCUUCCGGACCCAAAACAGCUCGAAUUGUUAUUCAACAGUGUCACUCGCUUGAUGGAUGGGACGUUUUUGGCCACUCCACCUUUCUUUAAUCAAGCGUUCACGAUCCACGGGCACAAAUUUGCCGUGUUGCUUUUGCCUCUUAAUCGAUCGAAAAAAGCGACAUAUCAAGAUUUUUUUCAAGAGUUGAAAGAUGUGGCUGCACAGAUGAAUCUGGCUUGGAAACCUGAACGAAUCACUACAGAUUUCGAAGGUGGUCUUAUUUCUGCAAUCUCUGUCGAAGUAAAUCAAACCAAUCACCUUAACUAA